GAUAUAAAAUGCUAAUAAUAAAAGUGUAUUCUUUUUUUCCAUUUUCGAUUUUAAUACCAAAACUAUUUUUCAAAAAGAAUUGAAGUUAACGGAUUGUCAACACAGCUGACAGAAAGAAAAAGAGAAUAGCACGUCAUGUAAAAUUUUAGUGAGAAAUAAUCUUUACAUCCCAUGUCUUCCACUGCUGUCUGCAUAUUUAAACUUUCAAUCUGAGGAAUACAAAAUUAAUAGCACUGAAAUUGAGGAUGGCAGGGGGAGGUAUGGAUGUUGGGGAAGGCUAUUCUUCCAUGAUGGGCCUUAUGUAUGUAUUCAAUUUGAUUGUGGGAACUGGUGCUCUUACGAUGCCUUCUCCUAUAGCUAAUGCAGGAUGGCUUCUUAGUUUGAUUAUACUAGUUAUACUAGCUUUUAUGAGCUUUGUUACAGUAACAUUUGUUACUGAAUCAAUGGCAGCUGCAAAUGCUAUGGUUCAUAGUCACACUGUUCGUCAUCUGAAAAAGGUUAUGAAAACAGAAGAUGUUGGAACUGAAGACAGUAGUCAACAACUUGUUGUAAGUUUAGAAGAACAGGAGCAUUUUCUGACUGAUGAAGUUAUUACAAAUUCUCUAGAAAAUGAAAAAGUGCCAUUGCUUUUAAGUAAUUCUGUUGAUACCAUAUCAGAAACUUCAGCAGAAUAUUUUAAUAUUACUGAAAGAAUAGAAAUGGGAAAAAUGGCUCUUUUAUUUUUCAAUCGUGCUGGGGUAAACAUCUUUUAUCUUUGCAUUGCUGUUUAUUUAUAUGGUGAUCUUGCAAUAUAUGCUGCUGCAGUUUCCAAAUCCCUUCGAGAUGUGUCGUGUACAUAUUCUCCAAAAGAAGCAUUCUGCAAUGACACCUUGAAUUCUACAGUCCAAUGUUGGGGUAACUUAGAUGUAUCUAGGGGAGAUGCAUAUAGAAUAUUUGUAGCAGGGUUUUUGCUAUUUUUAGGACCAUUCACCUUUUUUAAUGUACAGAAAACAAAAUAUCUGCAAAUUUUUACUACAUUAAUGAGGUGGUUAGCUUUUUCCACAAUGAUUAUUCUUGCAGCAACUGCUUUAGCCAAAGGUAAAGGCAAAGGCCAUCCACCAAUUGCAAAUAUCUACGGUGUUCCAAAUUUAUUUGGUGUCUGUGUGUACUCAUUUAUGUGCCACCAUUCACUUCCAUCUCUUAUAACUCCCAUUAAAAACAAAUCCACUCUUUUCAGAUUGUUUGUAGCAGAUUACCUGUUAAUAUUGCUAUUUUAUGUGUUGCUCUCAUUUACUGGAAUUUUUGCUUUUGAACAUCCUAAUUCUUUGUAUACAUUAAAUUUUGAACCACAGAAUUGUAAUUCAUCAUCUACAGGAGAGAGCAUAAUUCCAGAGAAUUUUGCUUUCCUACGAUAUUUUUUAGCCUUGUUCCCGGUGUUCACAUUGAGUACAAAUUUUCCCAUCAUAGCUAUUACUUUACGUAAUAAUUUAAAAUCUGUAUGCUUAAAAGACAAUAAGAGAUAUUCAUUUUUUGUGGAUAGAAUUCUUUUUCCAUUAUUGGCUAUAAUACCACCUAUAGCCAUUGCUUUAGUAACUGAAGAUUUAACAGUUUUGGUUGGUGUUACUGGAUCUUAUGCCGGUGCAGCUAUACAGUAUGUUGUUCCUGCAUUGUUAGUCUAUUUUGCACGGAAACAUAUUUUAGCAACUUUGGGCUUAGGUGUAAAAAAUAAGCAUGCUUCUCCAUUUAGAAGCACAGCUUGGAUUGUGUUUGUUUUAACUUGGGCUGUUUUAUGUGUUAUCUUUGUUACUGUCAAUUAUUUUCUCCCUAAAAAGUGAAAUAUGAGCUCAAUUUUGUAACCUUUGCACUAUGGAAAUUCAUAUCUAUAGAUGCCAUAUUGUUUUUAAUAAGAUUUGAAAAUUUUUUUUAGAAAAUUUUCAUUUACAAACUAACAUGAAAAAUUAAAAAAAAAGAAAAUGCUAAUUUUCACUGUAGCUAGAUUUUCUAAUGGAUCUCUGUGAUGUUGUAUUAAGAUGCCUGAUUUUGAAAAAAAGAUCAGGAUGUUGUAAAGUUAAGUAUAAUGAUCUUGAAAACAAAUCAUUAUGCUUAUUUUAUGUAAAGUUUGUUUUUUGUGUAACAUUCAUAAAUUAUUUAUGAUAUAACUCAUUUUAGAAUAUUCGUUUUGAAACAUAUCAAAUGUUCACAGUUUUAUAGAAUGAUCUUAUGAAGCAGUCAGUAACAAUUGAAUGUUGUAUGUUAAAUGUUAAUUGAUGAUGUUUCUUAUGUUUAAAAAAUCAAAUUAUAAUUUAAAGUAUGAUUUUUGAUGGUUUGCUAAUAUUAUCUAGCUGCAUUUUUUUGUUUAAUCAACUAAUAAAUCAAUUAAUCUGCAAUCAUGUUUGCUUAAGAAAUAUUUUUAAAAUAGAUAUUGAAAAGAAUUGGAUCAAGAUAAGUUAUAAAUACCAUAUAAUUUUUAUGACUUUCUAUUUAAUCCUCUCAUCCACACCAUAACUAUUUCAUUUUCUUUUAAAAGUAUCUUGUGUUCAGCUUGAAAAGCACUCUGAUUUCAUGUAUGUGUAUAUAGUAACAUUGUUAAUAUUAAAAGUCAUAGCAUUAAUUCCUUUGGGAUUCUAUGUUAUAACUUAAAGUAUAUUGUUUAUAUAAUUGUAUAACAUAUUGAGCUUGUGCGAGAAUGUUAUAUAUAAAUUUGUGUGAUUCUGUGUGCUUUAUUUAUUAUUCUGAAAUGCUAUAGUGAUCAAAUAAUCAUUCAAAAUACAGUGACCAUGCAUUGAUUAGAAAGAAAGAAAAAGCUUUUAUUUCAUAUCUUUAAAAAUAUAAUUUUUAAAUAAACCACUUUGAUUAAAUCAAUAUAGAUUUAAUUCUUCUGACUAUUGUUUACUACAAUGCUUCUACUUUAAGAGGAAAGCAAAAUUAACUGUUAUUAAAAUAGACAAUCUAUUAUUAUUUUAACAAUGAAAGAUGCAUUUUAUUGAAGUAUCUCUUCAUUGAAUCUAAUCAAAAGAAAAUUAUUUAUUUUUAUAAUUGCCUUUUUUAAAAAUAUGAUCACUGUGUAAUGAUUUAUCUCUAUAACUAGUUUAUACAUAAAAAGUCAUAGAAACUGAUCUUGUGGCAUUUUUUUAAAAAAAAUUAUUUUCUUAAUUCAUUAAUGAUGUAUGUACGUAUGUGAUUUAUUUUCUUGAGUUUCUCUAUUUGAAAUAAUAUGAAAUUUUUUUCCAUAGCACCCAGUGUAUUAUAGAUUGCAUAUUUGUUAUAAUUUUUGAGAUAGUUAUAUUAAAUCUGAAGUUAUACUUUCUAUAAAGUGUAGUAAUAUGAAUUCUCAUUUUUAUAAGUUGUCAUUUUGUCUAGUCCAAUUUUUGAAUGAGCUUAGAGCUAAGGUUUUUUGUUUAAAGCUUUAAUUUAUUUAAUUAUUUAAAUAAUCUCAAACAUAUUUUGUAUUUAUUGUAAUAGAAUCGUACUUAGAUAAUUUCAUUCCUUUAAUAGUUUUAUUAAUAGUUUAAGAGCCAUUCGAAGUAAAAAUAAUUAAUUUUCUUCUCUUCUUUGUAAAGUAUUGUAAAUAUUUGCUUUAAUUUGCAUAAAAUGCAUAUUAUCUGGUGUUCUAGACGCACAAAAAUGGUUGAUAUAUUAUUGCUGUAAUAUUAGUAUAGGAAAUAGAAAUAUAUCAAGAACGUAUGAAAAUGUGCUUUCACGUGCAUAAUUUUUAUUUUUCUGUAGUAAGUUUGAAUUAAUUUCAUGUGUACAUAUAAUGGUUAAAAACAACAGCUGAGAAGUUGUUUAAACAAAUCCAAAAUUAAAUAAUGGUUUGUGUAUAUUCGUGGAAAUUAUUUUCUGCAUUCCGGUUAACAUUAUUUAUUAAUAUCUCGUUAGAUACAAAAAUAAAGUAUUGCACUAAAUAUGCUACCGUUGUUAGUUUUUUUUUUUUUUUUUUUUUCAAAUAUUUUGGUAAUUUUCUUUACAUGCUAUAUUAUAUACUUGAACUGCUAUUAUAUGAUUUGUGUAUGAACUAAAAGAGUUUUUUUUUUUUAAUUUUUUUUAAUUUUAAUCGUAGAACUGACUCUUUUUUUUUUUUUUUUUUUUUUCAUAAUUAUUCUAUAUAAAUAUUUUCUUAAUUUAUAUAUAUAUAUAAGUAUUAUAAAACAUACUAAAAAUUGUUUGUUAAUUUUCAUCUUUCUAAAAUUUUAUAUUAGGCAAAAACUACUCAUGAAAAAUAUGAAUAUAUUCCCCUUUCUUUUUGUUUCAUUCAUUUUUUUUUUUUUUUGUAAAGUUGAUAGUUGUGCUAAUAAUGUCUAUAAAAUUAAAAUGUAUAUUAUUUUUCUCGAGCAAUUUUCUAAAUGUACAUAUAAAUUGAUACAAAUAAAACAUAUUUAUAAUAGUUAGAUGGAAAUUAAAAAAUACAAUAUAUAUUGCUUAGCAACUGUUGCAAUUUUUUAAAAAAAUUUUUAAAGUAUAUUGAAUUUUCAUAGUAGAUUGUGCCAAAAAUCUAUUCUGUCUUAAGGAUUUUAUUAAAUGGAAACUGGAUAAAUUUUCUAAAUGUUAAGGUCUAUAAUCUGGGCUUAAGAUUUAUAAUAGAGGCUUAAUAUUAAGUUUUAAAUGAUUUCUGCUUUGAUUAUUUAUUAUUCUUUAUGUUAAAACUAUAUUUUAGUUGCCACAUUAUCACAGUAAAUUGGAUAAAAUAUUUAAAAAAAAACAACCCUUUUUUCCAUUUAGCUUUUUAAUUCGAUUUCAUAACAAACAAAAAAUAAUAAUUUUACAUCUGUAUUACUUAUUAGACUGAAAGGAUUUUAGUUUUUUUAAUAAUCUCUUACAGUCUGAUGAUCUUUAUAUGAUAUGUAUGUGUAAACUGUCCAUAAAACACUAU